AUAGAACGGGGAUGCGUGGGAACUCGGAAGAAACCCAAAUAAACUUGUCCUACAAAAUAUUAAUUACUUUCGUUUUUGACUAAAUCUUCUAAAGCGUACUAGUUUGAAGUGGGGUGAUCGUGAAAAUGUCGUUUCUGGGGUUGGAUAAGGUUGGAAAACUAUUCACCAUUAUCCGAGCUAAUGGUGGAGUUUUAAAAUCACUGAGAAAACUUUACAUCUAUGAUGAUUUGAAACUCGGAACCCUCGUGGGUACGGACAAGUACGGCAACAAAUAUUUUGAAAAUAAUGAGUACUUUUAUGGCCGAAAUCGGUGGGUCGAGUACAAUGAAAAGGUUGGCAUAGAUUACGACGGCAGCAUGAUCCCGGCAGAAUGGUACGGAUGGAUGCACUACAAAACUGACAUGCCUCCAACAAAGUCACCCCCAGUUGCCUACAAAUGGUUGGAACCCCACAGGGAAAACUUGUCUGGAACACCGGAACAAUAUGUCCCUUAUACGACUACCCCACCGAAAAUUCAGAGCUGGGUUCCACCCAAACCCAAGAAAUAAUAUGUGAGUCAUCUUCUAGUCGUUAGGUUGUAUUAAUUGGAAAAUAAGCCACACAAAGUUUGGCCAGAUACAUUAUAAAUUGUAGUGAAAGUAAUAGACGUACAUUCAAUUCACACUCAAAUGUAUCAAAUAUUGUAAAUAUCUGUUGAAACGUCAUAAAUUUCGGAUUUCGCGUAAUGA